AUGGAAGGAAUCAAAGAUGCAACAGAUGACGCUGAUUAUCGUACGCCAACGGAACUUCUGCAACUGCAAACCCGAAAUCAGGCAGAAGAAGCCCUACGUAGCUCUCAUCAGUUCACAGAGAAAUUCUGGAAGCUGUGGAAGGAGCAAUACCUCACCUCGCUGAGGGAGCAGCAUGUGCGCUUCCUACCAGGCAAUCGAGGAUCACCGAAACAACCGGUUCCUGGUCAAGUCGUACUGAUAGCAGACCCAAACAUGCCGAGGAACUCUUGGAAAAUGGGACGUAUCCUGAAUGUCAGAUCCAAUGCUGAGGGUGUGGUUCGAGAAGCCGACCUUUUUAUGCCCAAUCGCCGCAUAAUCAGACGGCCAAUCAAUCAACUCGUUCCUCUUGAACUAAUGGACACCCCGAGCCAGCCUUCAGAAGAUACCAUGACUGAACCGUCAGCACCAGCAGCAGAGGAACCUGAAAUCCAAGAAGAAGAACAGAGGUACAACCUGCGAAAGCGACCUCGAGUUAAUUACGAGCAGCUUCACCAUGGUAUGAUAUCGAAAACUCUUUUCCUCCUUGCUUUCGUCACCCUUCUAGCACCCGCUCUAUCAAAGCCGCUCGUCUUCUUUGUAACUAGUAACACACUAUCACUGUAUGAACUCUGCGUUGAAGGAUACUGCAUCACACGUGAAAAUCCACCGCCAACAGAGACGAUUCACUUGUCGCCAGAAAUCACACUGCACCCAUAUGCUGUCAAAUGGAAGAUAUCGAACGGACAGCAACUCGACACGAGGGAAAUUGAGUGCCCAGCAAUACCCUUCUGCUCACAAGUGAAUUGCUGGUUUUGUACAGCCAACAUUCUCAAUCCUGAGUGCCAUCCUCAAACUGCGAUCAUAACCAUUGCUGUUGUGUUGUAUGGCAUUGUGGCGCUGAUAUAUACCAUAUGCUAUGUGCCAGUA